GACACCCAAAUUGCGGGCGCUUAUCUCGAACGUGUAUUUAUAUAGCAUACAAGACCCAUACCUGGUUAGAACGUUAUUAAGUGCUCAAGUGAUAUAUAGAUCAUAAAAGGUGCAAGCGUUUUGCAAGGCGGAUACUUUGCUUAAUUUGUGACAUAAAAGAUAACGACUGGUAAAAAUCAGCCUACGCUCGCAGUGUGAAUAUUUUUGAAAGGAAACGUUAAACAAGUGUCAACGACAAGCAAACAAAGGCGACUUUCAAAAGUUUCAGACAUGGACCACGAUACGCGGAACGAGAAGGCGAUUCUGGAGAGUCAGUUCGGGAACACCGGCAUCCCGCUGAAACCGAUGACCCCCAAGGCGCCCCCGCUGCCCAUGUCCAAGCUGCGCAUCAUGAAGAAUGUCUUCGUCGUCAGCUUCGGCUUCCUCUGCCUGUUCACCUCAUUCCAGUCGCUGUCCAAUCUGCAGAGCAGUUUGAACAAGGAGGAGGGCCUCGGCGUCGGCGGCCUCUCCAUCAUCUACGGCGCGCUGGUGGUCAGCUGCAUGUUCGUGCCGCCCGUGCUCAUCGCCCGCCUCGGCUGCAAGUGGACCAUUCCUAUCGCGAUGCUCUGUUACGUGCUGUACAUGGUGGCGAACUUUUACGCAAUCUGGGGGACCAUAGUGCCCUCCGCGAUCAUUCUGGGCUUAGGGGCGGCGCCGCUAUGGUCGGCGAAGUGCACGUAUCUCACGCAGGCCGGUGUGUGGUACGCCAAGCAUACCGGGUCAUCCGAGGACGACAUCAUCAACCGGUUCUUUGGGUUCUUUUUCAUGAUGUUCCAGACAAGUCAGAUUUGGGGAAACUUGCUGUCAUCUCUUGUGUUUAAAACUGAAGCAAAAAAUGUCACUGUUACGGAAGAUGACUUGAAAAAGUGUGGUGCCAACUUUUUCCCUGGUGCUGAUCCCAAUAACACGAAUCUUGAUAAACCACCGAUGGAGCAGAUUUACACGCUAUGCGGGAUAUACACCGGAUGCGCGCUGCUGGCCGUCCUCGUAGUGGCCGUCGGUCUUGACCCAAUCAAGCUGGACAAGGAAGAGCCAGGCGACCGGAAGUUCUCCGUCCAUCUCUGCCUUGAGACAUUCAUGCACCUGUGGCGAAACCCGCUGCAGAAACUUCUCAUCGUUCUGACGAUGUACAGCGGGUUCGAGCAGGCGUUCAUGACCGGAGACUACACAAAGUCAUACGUGGGAUGCGCCCUCGGCAUUGAAAACAUCGGUUUCGUGAUGAUCUGUUACGGCGUCGUGGAUGCCGUCUGCUCCCUCCUGUUCGGGCGUCUCGUGCAGUUCGUGGGACACAUCCCUUUCUUCAUACUAGCGUUCCUGUUGCAAGGUGGCCUGCAGAUCACCUUCCUUGUCUGGGUACCGGAUCCGACUCGGCCGGUUCUCUUCUACGUGUUUGCCGCGCUCUGGGGCGCCGGAGACGCCAUCAUCCAAACGCAGAUAAACGCUCUGUACGGUUUCCUGUGGACGAAGGACUCGGAGGCGGCCUUCUCUAACUACCGUCUCUGGGAGUCCAUGGGCUUCAUCAUCGCCUUCGCCCUGCAGAACUUCCUGCGCACGGACGUGAAGAUCUACAUCUGCAUGGCCUUCCUCGUGCUUGGCAUGUUCCAGUACGCCAUCGUGGAGGUCCUUCACCGCCGUACGUUGCACGGUCAGCGUCACAAUACGAAGCUUUAACUUAAACUUGAACCACUGGAGUACCCGCAUGUGUUUUUACUUUUCACCGCCGGACGUUGCACGGUCAGCGCCACAGUCCGAAGCUUUAACUUAAACUUGAACCACUGAUGUACCUGCAUGUAUGCUUACUUGCUAGUUGCAUGAAUGGAUGCAUUGUUGAAUUCUCGAUAUGAACUGAAGGAUCAUUUAUUAGUAUAGAAGCAAGGGGUGUAAGGAGGCAUGAAAAUGUAAUAUGCACAGUGUAGUCCGUGUUGCUCCUAUUGCAAACUAACAUGGACACUGUUGUUGCGCAUGUGUACUUUAAACCGUGUAAUUCCGAUUUCCAUGCUGAUAUUUAAAACAUAAUUAUCUAUGUUACUAGGGACAUGACGCGCUUUCACUUUUGCAAAGACACCUUAGAUAAAUACAGUUGUAACGACAUCCUUAAAAUUUUAAAAUGUUAUCAUACCUGUUUAUUACCAAGUUCAAACAUGCGUGUACAUAUUACGACUUACGUUAUUUUCCACUCCGCAAACUCUGCUCUUCUGUGUGCUUUGUUAGCCCCCGUGUUUGUUUGUACGGCGCAAAUGUCUUCUUAGAUUUUCUCCGGUUGGUAAGGCGGAAACUUGACAAGGAUGUUUUAAGCGGAUUUGUAUAUACUUGCGUAUGUGGAGUGUUUAUAAUAAGAGCCGUGUUCUGAGAAAACUGGGCUUAAUGCAUGUGCGUAAAGUGUCGUCCCAGAUUAGCCUGUGUAGUCCGCACAAGCUAAUCAUUGACAACACUUUCCGCCGAAAUCGGAUUUUUUCUAAGAAGUGACUUCAUUUGAACGAAAAAUAUCAUAAAAGCGGAAAGUGUCGUCCAUGAUUAACCUGUGUGGAUUGCACAGGCUAAUCUGAGACGAUACUUUUCGAACAUGCAUUAUGCCCAGUUUUCUCAGAACACUACUCAUGAUAACAACGACAAUGAUGACCAGUAUGCUCUUAAGGUGUUUGCGAAUAUUUAUGCCUAAGUACAGUUUUGUUGAAGAACAAAUACAAUAUCAUCCGUAA